AUGCUGAAGCUUCUCUUAGAAACCAGAGAACAAGCAGGAUCCAGAAGCCCAGCUUUGGUGAGACUCGACAUGGCCCGGGCACCAGCACGGGCCCGAGGUAGCAGAGGUCUGAACUGCCUAGCCGGGUCACAGCAAACCAGAAUCCCAACACAAGAAACAGAUGACUUGUUCACUACUUGUCAAUUCGGAGAGACUGAGGAAGACACUGCAUUUGAGGAAGCAGAGACCAUUGACUGUUUGUCUAUUCCAAAACAGAAGUUAGCUCAGUCCCAGAAGAAGAUUAAUCAAUUCAUUAAUGAGAAAAUGAGUACCAAAGCAAACAAGGAGCUGAUUCGGUGUUUCAUCCUCUCUCAGAUUGUUUUUGGGAAAGAACACUGGAAAUGUGCACAGGCUUUAGCCAAUCUGGCUUAUGGUUACCUGACACUGAGAGGCCUCCCAGCUCAGGCCAAGAAACAUGCCGAGUCAGCCAGGAACACACUGCUGACCUGGAAGCGAAACACGACCUCAGACAAGGAGAAAAAGGAAAUUCUGGAAACUCUGGUCAUACUCUAUUAUACUCUGGGGAUAGCCUGGCUCCUACAAAACCAUGGCAAACAGGCCUACAUCCACCUGCAGAAAGCACAGAGAAAUAUGAAGGAACUGAAAGAAUUAAACAACGGCAGCAUUUAUGAAAUCCAAGUCUCGGAUAAAGACCUAACCAUUGCUUUGGGCAGAGCCUCCUUGGCUAUGCACAGGAUGCACCUGGCCCUGGCCUACUUUGAGAAGGCAAUUUGCGGUGUUAUCCUGGCCAAGGGUCAUGACACAUCAGAUCUGAUCAGUUUGUAUGAAGAAAUUGCUCAGAUUGAGCAGCUGAGGAAGAACCACGAACAGGCCAUCCAGUAUCUGCAGCAGGCCUAUUCUAUCAGUGUUUCUUCGUUUACUGAAGUCAGUCCCCAAACUGCUGAGGCGAGUGCUUUACUAGCAAAAGCUUAUGCCAUGUCCGGAGAAUCCCAGCACAGGGAUGCAGUUGAGAUAUAUUUUAUAAGAAGUAUUACUACAUACCAAACCCUGGGCUCAGAACACUAUGAAACUCUUACCACCAUUGAAGAUUUUUGUACAUGGCUCAUCCAAAAUGGCGAAAAACAGGAGGCUUACAGACUGCUAAAGUCUACGUUGAAUUCUUGCACCUUUGGGGACUGUGGCAAAAAAGUAGCUGAAACCUUUUAUAACAUGGGCAGCAUCUGUUUUGCCAAAGGAGAACUCAGAGAAGCGAUUGCACUACUGAGGAAGUGUCUAAUGAUUCAGAGUCUCAUCUAUGGAAGUGAGCACACUAAGAGCGUAGAGACUAAAAGCCUCCUUUCCCUAUUGCAAAGGUGGGUGCUGAAGAAAGCUCUUAGAAAAAUCAGAAAAGAAAUCAAAGAGGGAGGAGAAAGUUUCCAGAAAGCACUAACUACCUUAUUGCAAUGA